AUGCUCCUCACUGGCAGGAGAAAGGGGGUUGCCGGGGAGGUGGAGGACGCCCUCCACGAGGCAGCCAUUCUUGCCGAGAACCUCGAGCGCGAAGCGGCGGCGCUGGAAGUCAUAGAAGAUCCGGGCAUGGUGGCGGCUGAUGUUCAUCCCGCCGCCGAGAGAGGACAGGUCGACGUCGACGGUCGAUUUCUUGGAGUUGCGGCCGAGGAUGAUGGAAAUAUCGACUUUGGGGUUGCAGGCUAUGUAGCAACAUGUUCACAGUUGUGUUUCAGCAACAGGAACAUGGGGGACAAGGAGAUGCUCUAG